UUCCAGAAUGAAGUUAAUUCUUCAAAUUCUGUUAUUUUUGGUUGUGCUGACCUACGACUUCGGCAACCAUGAAACCACUCGCCUUGUCACGAAGGUAAUUGAUUUGAAACCAACCACCAUGAAACACUACAAAACUUCCGCUGGAUUUGUCUACAACUUCGAGAAUAUGCGAAGAGCUUUUCCAAAGCACAACUUCUUGGCGUUGAAGAACGUUACUGAUUUCCGAACCAACAAUGAAACUCAAACAGCGCGCGUUCUCCCAACACUUGAUUACCAAGCUGUCUACAUUUACGUCUACGAAGGCAGCGUUUUCGUUCGAAUCCAAAUGUGCGAUGAAGGUCACAUUCUGGAUGGAGGCAGUGCGACACAAGGAUGGAAUUUGGUUGCUUUGGACUUUCCGCGUCUUAUCAGAAGCAGCUACUGCCGGUAUUUCUCCAUGGACAAGAGUCGUCCAUUGUUCUAUUUCAACGGAUCUGCUCACUUCAGUGUCUGGAAAGCUCAUGAGUUCUACUACUUCAUUGUUCCAGCGGACAAUAGACUCAAUAAUUUUGCCCAUUUCCUGCUCAUCAUCUUUGGAAUCUGCUCCAUUAUCAAAGCAAUGUUGGACAACUACAACAAAUUGCUGGUUAAAGACGAGAAGAUGCGUGUUUGUCUAAUGAUUUGAUGUGUUGUACCAAGUGAAGUAACAAUAAUCAAGAGCCGUCUGUAUCAUAAUCUUUGAAUUCAUAAUCUAUCAUGACUUCGUUCCGUGCUCAUUUUCAAAAAUACCUGUAAUCAUCAAAUGCAUAAGUGCUCACAUGUUCAAUUAAAUAAAACUUGGUAGCUAA